AUGGGCACUUUUUCCUACAACGACAGCUCCAUCGAAGGAGAUGUGUACGUCCAGCGGUUGUCCACUUACAUUCGUAGAAACGAAGAGGCGCUUGCAAAUGGUCUACUUUGUUUCUCGAGAAACCACAACACUCACAUAAAGGUCAAGCCCUUGCGGCUUUCCUUCACCAUUCACCACUUGUACUACAUCACAGAACGGAUCGAGUCGUCUCCAUUGGGAGUAGAUGUGGGUCCACUCAAUAUCAAGCUUGAUAAUCCCAAUCACGAGCCAACUUUCAUCUCGUUUAUGGCGAAUAAUGCCAGAUCUCUGCGCCAUUUUGAUAGUGAUACCAGGUCGAUCUCGUCUAUCAACUCGAUGAAGUCUAUCGUAUCCAGUGCCUCUGUCUACUGGCGAUCAUUUGCUUUCAGUAAAGACCCCAAAGUAAUCAACAAGGACAUCAAAUACCUAUACCUGUCUUUCACAAAGAUACCAUGUCUCAUUUUAACACCUAAAACCAAGAUUGCAAGCAUCUCUUCAUACGAAGAGUAUCCCUGCGACACGUCUGUGCCUGUCAAAAUGUUCAAGAAUUUGCAGGUCUUGGAGAUCGUGGACUAUGAUCCAAACGAAAUCUUUGGGUGGCACAUUCUCAGCGAACAACUAAGGAUCUUGAUUAUUAGAAACUCGAAAAUUAGUAACAUCUCUGAAGUCUUGCAUAACCUAGUAAUUGAUGACGAAUCAGGAAGAUCUAGCUUCAACUCGCACAAACAGCAGAAGAAUUCUGGUACAUCUCUCACUACUACUGCCGAUGAUAGUUUCAGCAAUAUCAGUGAGGUAAAUGAGUUUCCCCAGUUCCAAAACAAUGCAUUUAGAUACAAUCGUCGUGAAAGAGCGACCACCGCAUCGGGAGCAGGCUCCCUACCCAAAGAUGUCUUUCUUCCGGACAAUUUGGCGUCGUCUUCUUUGGUUAAUAAGGACUACCACAGAUUACCCGAUAGCAAAUGGUCGUUCUUGAAACAGCUUACGGUUUCAGAAACGUCCAUAACUUCUGUACCUUCUUUCAUCUUCAAAUCUCUAACCAGCUUGGUCAAACUUAACUUGUCCAACAACUUGUUAGAUGAAGUUCCUGAGGGCCUAGACACGCUUGUAAACCUCAAGUAUCUCAACUUUGCAGACAAUUAUAUUACAGACUUGAAAAAGUUGCCCAAGAACCUUGUCCAUUUGUCAACGUUGAACUUCAACAACAACAAACUCACAGAUUUGACGGGAUUGGAAAAUUUGCAUACUCUUGAGAAAAUUGACUUGAGAAGAAAUAAUCUUGCUGAUAUAAAAUCGCUCAAGCCUAUUGUGUUACAGUUCAUAAAGAACCCUAAUACUUUCAACAAUGUUUACUUGUCAAGUAAUAAGUUGCCCAAGAGCUUCAGAAUAGACCUUUUCAACUUAUUCAAUGGAGUCAAGUACAAAAACGGUAUUAAAAUCGAUGACUCCAGACCGGGCUAUUUUGAAAGCGCCUUAUUGUUAGAUGCCGAAAACGCGUUCAAGAACCUCGAGCGCUUCUUUUCUGAGCUGAUAUCACUGUCAGUGAAGAAUCAGUCACAGCCAGUCCCACCACCCACCGGCUCUUUGAUCAAGAAUUCUGCUGCUACGACCGACAGAAUUCAAUCCACCACUAAUACUAUCGAGACCUUAAUGGAGCCGUUUUCGUCAAUGAAGGUUUCUAAUGAUGAAGAUACACCAACAAAGAAGAAGUUUGACCUUUCACAUACUGUAUUAUCUUCAGCACCUACAAUUGUACCUCCAGAUGCUAUCAGUGUCUCUUCCAUCCAGAAAGCACCCAGCUCGCCCUUGAGCGCCAACACCAAUUUAACCAACAAACUCGAGGCUGCCACCGCAUACACAUCCAAACCAAGUCUAAUGGGACUUCAUCUCAACAACUCCAACGCUUCGAUCCCCGGAAGUCCAUCGAACUUGAAGAAAUCCACCACCUUGGCCCAGCUCGAUCUUGAGACGGUCCAGAACGCUGCACCCAACAUAGUUACACAGGUUCAGGUGACAGCACGCAUGAGCACCUAG